GAACGGACACACAUUUUGGUUUCGAUUCACUAGUCAUAUAUUCCAGACAUUUUCCUCUCAUUUUCAGAGACCCGGAAGCCAUAACCAAAUUGUUCAAACGCUAAAUAUUUUGAUGGCUUAUAUUCCGAAGUCUCUCGUCUUCCAUUUUCUCCUCCGACUUCCAGUUAAAUCUUUAGCAAGAUUUCAGUGCAUAGACAAGGAAUGGUUGUCUUUAAUAUCAGACCCACAUUUCAUCUACACCCACUUGAAACGAGCCCAGACAGCGAAUGAUUUUCGUCUGUUAUUAUCGUUCAUCUCACAUGGAAAUGUCAGCACCACCAUCAAGUUUAUCACCAUUAACGAAUAUGGACUUGCAGGUUCAGACUACUCAGUUCACAUAAACUCUGACUCGUACCGUGUCUUGCCUUCCUGCAACGGUUUGGUCUGUUUUUACGGUGUUAAGGGCAGGAUUUACAUUUGUAAUCCCGCCAUUAGAAAUAUGGUGAAGCUUCCAGGUGAUGAUGCAAAGGGGUCUAUUUUGUUGAGCUGCGGGUUCGGGUUUGAUCCUCAAGCUUGCAGAUAUAAAGUCAUUAGGAUGUCAGACUCAGGACCAUUUAAAGCACCCGGUGACUCCAAGAUGGACAUAUUUACAAUGGGAACCUGUUCCUGGAGGAAUGUAAAGUAUGAUGAACGUUUUCGCUUUCUGAAUAGGCAACCACCAGUGCAUGCUAGCGGUUUUUUCUACUGGAUUACAGCAAAUAAUGGUUCUAAAGGAUAUAUGAUAGCAUCAUUCGACAUUGGAAAUGAAACCUUUGAAGCAAUUCCUCCCCCGAAAAGCCUUUCAGGAAAAAAUUGGCCGAUGUUUUGUCUUGGGGAAUUGGGAGGAGAUUUGGCUUUGAUUGACAUGGAUUUUGCAUCGGAAGGCAAGAGGAGAAUGGAUCUUUGGCUGCUAAAAGAGGCUUCUGGUGAUGAAAACAAAAAAACAUGGGUUAAAGAAAGUAUCAUUCAUCCAUCUCAGCCUCUCGAUGCCACUCGUCCUGAGGCGCUUGAUCACGGAGGAUCAAAAGUUUUGCUUCAUGGAUUUAUCAGAGGAUCAGAUGCUUUUCUGAAUUGGUACAAUCUGGGAACUGGAAGUUUCAGAAGAUUCGAAAUACAAGAGAUAACGUCGCCGUUUUUUCACGUCGGUGCUCACGUGGAAAGCUUGGCUCAAUUGGACGGCUAAGAUUACAUAUUACCAAUCAAGUUUCUAUAUUGUCCGUUGAGUUGCUGUUUUGCGUCGUUGUUUUGGUACUAGGCCAAAGUCGCUUUCAUGUUUUUGUCGUAUUCAGGCUCAUGAGAUUAUCCUUUAAGGGUA